GUCGAAGCCGGAGAUCGAUGCUUACCUGGAAGAGAAGCAGAAAAGAGCAGCCAAACACGAAGCCAAGGUGGAGGCCUCCAAGCUGGAAGCCAAGACGGAAGCCAAGCUCGAGGAGAAAAUCGAAGCGAAGGAGGAGGAUGACAAGCAGGUUAAUGGAAAGAAAGCCAAGUUGGCGCUGCCCGUG